AUGAAUAGAAAGAGGGACUCACUGGAGAAAGUGACCACGUCGGCUUGUGGUGAUGAUGGUGAUUUGCAGUCGGGGGCCGAAUUUGAGGUGUUCUUGAAUUUCAGAGGCCCCGACACCCGCCUUAACUUCACCGAUUGUCUCUAUCACUCCUUGGUUGGAGCUGGGAUUCGUGUUUUUAGAGACAAUGAAGAGAUCCGAAAGGGAGAAAAGAUUGGAGGCGAGCUUCUCCAUGCCAUCGAAUCCUCCAAAAUAUACGUGCCCAUCUUCUCCAAGAACUAUGCAUCCAGUGCGUGGUGUCUUCGUGAGCUCACGCACAAGGUGGAGUGCUCAAGCAAAGCAAGUGACAAAUUGACCCUACCCAUUUUCUAUAAUGUGAAUCCUGACGACGUGAAACUUAAAACUCGAUUAUACCUUGACGAUUUGGAGAAGCAUGAGAAGAAGUUCAUGCGUGAUGAAGUUCUAGGAUGGAAGGAGGCUCUGACCGAGGUCGCAACAGUCAAAAGGAUGGGGCAUGAAGGACAAAGGGUAAGAGUCCAUGGUGAAAUCAUUAACACUAUUGUUGAUGAGAUUUUGACCAAACCGACGAAAAGAAAGAGCAAUUUGCCUGAUCAUUUAGUUGGGAUUGAUGAUCAUGUUGAAGCUAUCAUGGACAAGUUAAACGAUGGUUCUCAUGAUGUUCGCUACUUGGUCAUUUAUGGAAUGGGCGGUAUCGGCAAGACAACUCUCGCAAGUGCUGUCUUUAAUCAAAUCUCCAAUCAAUUUCAAGGUUAUAGCUUCCUUUUGGACAUUCGCGAAUCUAUGCAACAUGGUAGAAUGGUUGAGUUACAAAAACAGUUGUUAUCAGAAAUCCUCUAA